AUGGAGGCGGCGGUGCCCCGGGGCGGGCCGACGAGCCGCCUCUUCGCGCGGCCCGCGCGCGCGGACGCGGCCGCCGUGAGCCGCCGCCUCGCGGCCGCGGCGUCCGGCGACGACGACGAGCUCACCUUCGCGCCCGCGCUGUCGAAGCGCGCGGGCGCGAAGCUCGACCCGGCGCGGAAGCGCGUCGACCCGGCCAAGGUCGAGGAGCACCUGCUGACCUACGCGGCCAAGUACGCGAAGCAGCGCGAGGACCGCGAGAAGGCGCUCCGCGACGAGGAGGCCGCGCACUGCACCUUCAUGCCCAAGGUGACGAAGAAGGCCGCCGCCUUCUCGGGGGACUACCCCCUCGUGCGCAAGUACGGCGGCGCGCCGAGCUCCGCGGCGCCGGACGCGGCGGACGCCUAG